AUGCCCCCAACCGCGCGCCGCACCCCGCUCUCGCACCUCACCUCCCCCUUCCUCGCACUCGGCUCGCUAGGCCCAUCUUCAACCAACGCAGCGCCUGAACCCGCCGCACUCGCUCCGAGACACGACCAAGCAGCUGGUGGACGAGAUCCGGCAGCCCUACCGGCGCAUCUGAGGGACCGCUCAAAGGCGCAGCACCAAGACCGACUUCCCGAUGCCAUUCGAGGCGUGAGGUUCAACGCGCCCUUGAGACCGCCUCCGUUGCCAGCGCGACCCGAGAACGAUGCCGCAGAGGGAGACGAAGCCGGGUUCACGUUGUCCCAGCUCGUGUUGGUGGUUACGGUCGACGGGCAGGUGCAUGCGUUGAAGCGCGAGACGGGCCAGUGGGUCUGGACGUUGCAUGACGAUGGAGGGAUUGCGCUCGGUGGAGUCGGGCGAGGGUCGGCGGAGGAACGGCGGAGACGGAGCGGGGCGGGAGACGCAGUCGGCGGACCACUCGUCAAGAGCGUGAGCAGGAAACGCCGCGCUCCUCCAACAGCCAGCUCUUCCCGCUCGACGGUCAUGUCGAACGAGACGAGCGUCAUCUCCGUGGACGCCGCAGACGAAGACGACGACGAGACGUACAUUAUCGAACCGAGCGGGUCGGGCGACAUCUACGUCUACUCGCGCUCCUCGGGCGGACUGGACAAGCUUCCCCUCUCGAUGCAAGAACUCGUCACCCUCUCGCCCUUCCGCUUCCCAGGCGACUCGAGCCGCAUGUUCUCGGCGAGCAAGAACACAAAGUUUGUCGGGGUCGACUUGAAGACUGGAAGGCUCGUCGGCGUAUUUGGGAGCAAUGCGGGGUGGUGCGAGUGGGAUGAGGGGGACGAGUUGACGGCGGGUGCGAGGGCGGCGGAGCAGGAUUGCGAGGAGGACAUUGCGAAGCGGCCAGACGACUUGCUGUACAUGGCCCGAACAGAAUACCACCUCUCGAUCUACGACACGAGCUCGUCACAGCCCCUACAAACCCUCUCCUACACGACCUACACCUCCUCCGCCCUCCCACACGCCUCGACUCCCGCAUCAUCCGGCACCUACCCCUCGCAAUCCACCUGGACCCGCACACCGGACUCGCUCUACCUCCAGCCGAUGCACGACGGCUCGCUCGUCUGUUUCCGAGCGGGCCAAUCUGGCGUACAAUGGAGCAUCGACUUUGAAGCGCCCGUCGUCAGCGUCUUCGAUGUUGUCGUUCCCUUCGCCUCUACCUCCUUGCCCUCGCUCGAAGGCGCAGACCCCCACCCCGUCAUGUUCGAACAACCGCACCCCUUACUCGUCCCCGACCUCCCACUCGACUUCUCCGUCCUCCAGCAAGAACCCGCCGCGACCUUCAUCGGACGAGUCGUCUCCCCUGCGACGGGAGAGGAACAGUUGUUCGCCAUGAGUAGGGAUAGGUUUCCGCUUGUGCCGUUUGCGCAGGUGGCGGAGGCUGCAAAGGCGGGGCUGGGGGCGGAGGCGCAGGAGGCGGAUGAGAGAAGCGAGGAGGUGAAGGAGAAGCCCAAGCCUUGUCGUGGUGUCGACUGCAUCAUCGGCCGACACCGACUCUUGCAUCCUCCGCCCGCUUCGCCCCUUGACGCAACUAUCGACGCUCCCACCGAGCCGCUCCUGAUCGACGCCGCGCCCUCAUCCUCCGUCCCCUCCCCUUCAUCGCCCCACGAUUCGCUCUCGACUCCAAACCGCCGCACGCCUCACUUACCAGGCUCCUCGACCCUCCUCGCUCGUCUGUCCUCCUCAUCCGUCAUGCGCGAAUUGAGCGGACACGGAGAAGUCCUCGCAGGUGGCAGACUGACGGUCGGAGUGAUGGUACUUGUGCUGGUUGGGUGGUGGUGGAGUCGCUGGAGGAAAGUAGGGGAGGAGGGGAAGAACGAGGGAGAGGGAAAGAGGAGGAGUGGGAGACGCACGAGGGGCAGGGGGAAGAAGCAGCAGGCUCCGGCCGGAGCGAGUGGUGGAGAAGCGAGCGGGACUGAUACGCCGCGUGGAGGAGCGGUCCAGUCGAACGGACUUGACUUUGCGAGCGUGAGGGGCGUGACGGCGGUUGCGGUACCGUCUGUUGCGCCUGCGCCGCCUGUCGAAGGGCCAAGGAAACGCUCGCCUUCGACACCGCCUACACCGACGAACCUCUCUUUCGCCCCGCUUUCGAGCAGCAGCGCAUCUGGCGCUUCGACUCCCGCCCGCGCUCGCGCGUCCUCUCUUUCCCUCGCUCCUGCCUUCCCGCUCUCCUCGACACUCAAGGACCUCCCGCCUCUCCCUCCGUCCGCCCUGCUCGAUUCGGACGACACCGAGGACCUCCUCAACGCCUCUCCUUCCCUCGGUUCCUCCGUCGAACUGCCAGACCAAGCAGAUGACGGCGCCGACUCCGACAGCGCGCCUCCCUCAGUCGCACCCGGCGGUGCGCCGGGUACUCCGCCUCGGAAACGCCAGCGGCGCAGACGGGGCGCGAAGAAGAAGAAGGCGAAGAACGGGCAGGGAAUGGACGAUGUCGCGGUUGGUGCGGUGGAUGAGAAGGAUUUGCUUGAGGGGAUUACGUUGAGUGAGAGGGAGACGAGGGAUGAAACGGCGGAUGAUUCGGAGGAAGGAGCUGUGGGCGCGAGUGCGCAGGUUGAUGUGGAUGGGAAGGGCGUCGAUGGGGAUGUGGCGGGUGCGAGUGCGCCGAUUUCGGCGGCUGGAGUGGGCAGAGAGGUCGAUGCGGUCGCGAAGAGCGCGAGGCUCGACCCGCAGGCCGUCGGCGGUCUUGCGGUCAGUGAGGAGAUCCUCGGCUACGGCUCGCACGGCACGGUCGUCCUGCGCGGCGAGUUCCAGGGUCGAGCGGUCGCCGUCAAGCGCCUGCUGAAGGACUUCGUCACGAUCGCCGCGCACGAAGUCAACCUUCUGCAAGAGUCGGACGACCACCCGCACGUCAUCCGCUACUUCUGCAAGGAGCAGCGCGAGACGUUCCUCUACAUCGCCCUCGAGCUCUGCCCCGCUUCGCUCUUCGACCUUGUCGACCAGCCCUCCGCCUUUCCUGACCUCUUGCGCCAACUCGACCCGAAGAAGGCGCUCAAGCAAAUCACGUCGGGCCUGCGCCACCUUCACUCGCUCAAGAUCGUUCACCGCGACAUCAAGCCGCAGAACAUCCUCGUCUCGACCGCAAAGCGCGGUCAGCCCGGCUUGCGCAUGCUCAUCUCCGACUUUGGGCUCUGCAAGAAACUCGACGUCGACGAGUCGUCCUUCCAGCAGACCGUCAACCAUGCCGCAGGCUCGUUCGGCUACCGCGCGCCGGAGGUCCUGCGCGGACUCGUCGACCCGAACGAGGGCGCAACUGGCACGUCUUCGGCGAGCGCAGGGUCAGGUGGCUCCUCGACGACACUCGCCGGCCUGACGACCACCGACCCGAGCAUGCGCCUCACCCGCUCAAUCGACAUCUUCUCCCUCGGCUGCAUCUUCUACUACGUCCUUACGCGCGGUGACCACCCGUUCGGUGGGCGGUACGAGCGCGAGAUGAACAUCUUGAACGGCAAGGCUAGCCUAGACCGGCUCGACGGACUCGGCGAGGAAGCGGUCGAGGUGCAGGACUUGAUUUUGCGGAUGGUCGCGACCGACCCGAGGGAGCGCCCGACCGCCGACGCCGUCCUCCUCCACCCCUUCUUCUGGAAUGCCCAGAAACGCCUCCUCUUCAUCUGCGACGCCUCCGACCGCUUCGAGAUCAUGGACCGCGACCCUCCCACCUCGACACUCGUCACUCUCGAGAGUCGAGCUCGCGAGAUCGUCGGCGACGACUGGCAGAAGGCGCUCGACCGGACCUUCCUCGAGAACCUCGGCAAGUACAGGAAGUACGAUGGCGCGAGCGUGCGGGAUCUGCUGCGCGUCCUUCGCAACAAGAAACACCACUACCAAGACUUGCCCGAGAGCGUCCAGCGCGCGCUUGGCGACCUCCCAGGCGGCUUCCUCUCCUACUUCACGACGCGCUUCCCUCACCUCCUCCUCCACGUCUACGACACCAUCGCACGGCACCUCGCGGACGAGCCGAUGUUUGCGUCGACCUUCCGCAUUCCCGAGGACGAGGCGUGA